GUAACAGAUGCUUAUUCAUCGCCCAAUACUGGCUGUUAGAUUUUUUGUCGCCCUCAAUUCUAAGGCUGGUACGUAAGGGGCCGUAUUGUAGUAUUGGGAAAGAUGGCCGUCGUUUGUAUCGCACUGGGACGGGGACACCACCUUCGAGAGAACUUAAAAAGAUAGCCAAAGAGUGGCGAAUUAUCAGCGUCUGUACCGUGCAAGCCUGGACCAUAUGGGGGACGCUUCAGUGACAGACCACACGCUCUUCGUCGAUUCCUUCGAUGUCGACGUCAUGUCCGAGACCUAUGAAGUUUGCGAGUCCCAGGAUAACGUCAGCGCGACGCUCAAUGCGUGGGAACCAAAAAAUGGCACCGCGGCGUAUCCGACCGGAAUCUCCGUCCGCGAAGCCGUGGCUCUACACGCUGGUCGGCGACGCGUACCGAACCCCCGAGUACGGUCUGGUCCGCGCGCGUCCUUCGACAUGGUGAUCAUGAACAAAGAUUUCUCGGCGACGCUGCCUUUCGACGAGUUUCAGCGACGGCAUCAUAUGCGCUUCUCGAUGGUGUGCACAGCGUGGAACCGGCGGCUGUUCCGCACUAGGAAAGGAUUAAUGGGGGAUCGGUCCCGCGACGACGGAGGUUGGGGAUGGGAUCUGCGGCAUAGUUGGUGGGCAGAUGUUGUAUAUACUCCGCGAGUCGUCCGCUGGAGAACACGCCGGUAUAUCUGGAUCAGAGAACCGAUCCGUAGGUGAAUGCGACGUCAAUGGGCUGAUGGAUGGGAAGGCACUUCGCUAUCGUGCGGAUGGCUCGGUUAUUAG